AUGGCUGAGUACGGUGAUGAUAGUUACGAUUCAAAAGUGUUAGAAGAUUCGGUGUUACAAUGUAAACAGACUUUUGAAAAUAUCUUAUGUGUUCAGACUACAGCCUUAUUGAAAAGAUCAACACUUGAAAAAAUUUAUGAAGUACUGCAGGAAUUUAUGUGUAAAAUCAAUGACAGCGAAACUAACAUUCAAGAAGUGAUUCAGUCCGAGAAUGACUUAACUAAAACAAAUUUCAAAGAAGCAGAAUUUACUAAAAGAAAAACAAAUUGCAAGGCGUUUGAUAACUUUAAAGCAUUAUGUAGUGAAAAUAAAUCACCUUCCGUAAAAAGACAAAAUGUCUACAAAUGUGCAGACUGCAAGUACCAAACACCUAGAAAAUCAGAUUUGAAAAAACAUCUAAAACGUCAUAUGGGAGUGUGCGACUAUUUCUGUAGUUAUUGUGAGCGAAAAUUUUUUGAUAAAUACAACUUAGAGCGGCAUGUUAAUGCUAGUCACACUAAAAAACAACAAUAUUCAUGUACAUUGUGCACUUACACAACAUUUUUGUAUGAUUCUUUGAAACGUCACAAAAAAUUGAAACACUGUGAUCACACAGGAGCAAAAUUUGUCUGCUCUGUUUGUUAUCAUGUGAGUGCUUCAAAACAUGAUAUGAAUGUACAUUCAUACACUCACGACAAAGUUAAAUCAUACAUGUGUGAAGAAUGUGGUUCAAUGUUUGCUAUCAAGAGCCGGUUGAUAACACACCAAAAUACUGUACACAAUGAACCUGUACACCCAUGUCAAAUUUGUGACAAAUCAUUUAAAACACUGACUCUGCUCAAGAGACAUACAGUCAUACACUCUCGUUACAAGCCUUAUUGUUGUCCAUUCUGCAACCAUUCAUCCAAUAGCCAGAGCAACUUGACCAAACAUGUGCGCAAAAUUCACUCCCAGACCAAUUUUUCUUACCAUAAAUUUAUUAAUGGAAAAUAA